AUGCCGAACUUUCUGAAGCACCUCAAGCUUGAUGAGGCUGAACUGCCAUCAUGCGAUCGUACACCACCACGGACGCCGAAAACUCCUUGCACACCUAUGGAGUUACAGAACCAUACUUUUUGCUUUAGGAAAGGACCGGAUACUCCAGUAAUUUACCAGCCGGAGGGUCAUCCACGUCAGGCAGUCAUUGAUGGCGAUAUCUGGCCACCAAUCUUCAAGCCUCAACACGUGCGGUAAGC